UUAUUUACAUUAUUUGGCGGGCAAGAAGAGGAGGCUACCAGCGUCCAUUUUUACCUCAUUAUUUCCUCUUGUUCAUCGUAUAAAAUGCCCAGGUCGCCCUCAAAGAGGAGGCAGAGAAGCAAAGAGGAACAGGAAGAUGGUGUACAAAAUCAACCUAAAUGCCGUCAGAGUGUUAUGUUUAUGAAAGAUUCACUUUUCUCAUCAUCAAAUAUUCAGGUGAUUAAACUGAAGCAUCCACGUACCUCAUCUGCCAUGUACGUCUUUGAUGAAGAUAACAGAAGGUUAUAUGAUAUGGUGGUUUUUGAUGAGGGUUACAGGUCCUGGUUUAUUGGAGAGACCAUCCAGUCAGAUGGACGUCUAUAUAUUAUAUCACCGGUGGAUGUUUCAUACCUUAUUCUUCCAUAUUUAAUGGAGGCCACUAAAAAUAUUCCUUUGGACCAUCUUCUGGAAGACCCAGACUUUCCUUCACUAUCUAAGUUAGCUGCUGUUGCUGCAACGAAGGAUUUCUCACAUAUUGCUGAUAGGAAAGGAAAUGCUGAGCUUGGAGUGUGGAAAUACAGUGAAAAUAAAACUUUGUCUUGGCUAGAGAAGCGGGUUAAGCAACUUUCGAAGUUAUUGCAGGAGAAGAAAGUUCCAACAUCUAAUGCCCAAAGCUUCACUUUUGUUCGCACAAUGGAUUCACAACAAACACAAGAGGCAUAUCUGGUGUUGGCAUAUGGUAUAAUAUCUGAGUACCUCUCUGAGGACCUUAGUAAGGCCCUCCACAAACACUUACAGCUACCUGAAGCUAAAAGCAAGCAGAAGCCUCUGGUGUCAGUAGAAAAUCAACCUCCAGUCAAGAAGCAGAAGGUAGAAGGUCCAGUAGAAGAUUACACAAAGACUGCUGUCCCGGAAAAUAAGGUGAAGAGUCCACAGACAGCUAAAGCUAAGGCUUUAGCAAAGUCUGCAUCAGGAUCUAAAAGCAUUACUUCGUUUUUUACUAGAAAAAAUUUGGCAUAAACAACACGGUCGUAAGUCGAGUGGUCGUAAGUUGAGCAGGUCGUAAGUCGGAUGGUAGGUGUACUUGUAUCUAAUAAAAAGUAUAAAAAAAUUUAGAGCAACCAUGACUUUUCUGCACCAAAGCUGAAAUAUAGUAAAGCAUGUCUUGGCAUGCUGCCUGUAUCCCACACAUUCCCUGUGUGUGUGCUCCUUACUGCAGUGAGUAAUGCAAUUCACUACUGCACUGUUAAAAAUUGUAUUAUACACGGUAUUACUGUAUAUGUAAAUGUUGCUGUUUGGAGGGUCAUUGGAUGUAUGAUGGGUUUAGGUUGGUAGCUUUAUUAUGCCUCUCAUACCCAUUUUAUGGGCAGUAAGGGAUUAUAGAGGUACAUAAUGGGUUAAGGGACUAAACCACAAAUUUGUGUUUGCUAAGCAAGUUACAGUAAAAUCGAAUUCAGAGCAAUAGUAAUGAGUUUACAUGAUCAUGAAUUCAUGAUGAACGUUUUUUUUUUUUUUUUGCUCACCCUACUUUGGUUUGAGAUGGUUGGUGAGGUUAAAAAAAAAACUGAGAAAUGCUGACAGAUUAUCAUAAUAAGUUAAAGGCAGCCUACAGAGGUAUUAGGCUAUCAGGCCAUAGUUCUAUUCCAAAGUUAUUAACCAACUGAUAGCUUAUGAUAGGUGUAAGUGUCUUUCAGAUUUUAUCAAAAAAAUCUUAAGUUAUCAGUAUUUUCAUGCAUUCUGGUAUUGCAGUUGCAUAGGCUCAUAUCUUCUACCCUCCUAUUAAAGUCUAGGCCUAAAUAAUUAGGCUGCCGCAGUCUGCAUGCAAACCAGUUGAUAUCUUGUGGGAAAAAAAGUAGAAUGGUUCCCUGCUCACUUUGUAUUUAUUUGAUCUAUUGUAUAAUAGCCUAAUAUAUGUGAUUGUUUUCUGGACUGUGCUCCAGUUUGAUUAUUACAAUAGGCCUAACACUUGGUCCUAAUUUUAAGUCAUUUAGGUCAACCAUUUUUGGCAUAAUCUUACAUUUGUAAAAUUUGUUCAUGUAAAAGAAGUGAAUACUAAGAUGAGGGUGUGGGAUUAAAAGAUAGCAAAUGUGAAACAAAUUGGGAGUUGUCACAGUUGCAUUUUGCUGAUGACAGUUCUUCUGGGAGAUUCUGAAGAUGAUGUAAUAGUUGGCAGAUGAUUUUGAGAGGGUAUGUAAAAGAAAGAUUAAAUGUAGAAGACUGAAUAUCAGAUUGGAAGGGAGUGUGGCAGGAAUAUUUUUUUUUUUUUUAACACUGGCCAUGGACUUGUUGGCAGACAAGUCAGUGAAAGGUAAAGUGGACCAUAGAAUUAGUUAAGCAAAAAAGGUGGGUGGUGCAUUGAAGCAUUUGGGGAGACAAAAAAAAAAAAUAUCCAAGGAAGCAAAUAGGGGAAUAUACCAGAGUAUAGUGGUACCAACACUAUUAUAUGGGUGUGAAGCAUUGGUUUCAAACAUUGCAACAAGGAGAAAGCUGGAGGAUGGAGAUAUUAAAUUUGAGGGCAAUGUGUGGUAUGAAUAUUAUGUAGAGAAUUCAGAGCUUGGAGAUUAAAAGGUAUGGGAUUACCAAAAAUGUUAUUCAGAGGAUUGAGAGGUUGUUAAGGUGGUUUGGCCAUCAAGAAAGAAUGCAUCAAAAUAGGUUGACAGAGGGGUGCAUAAAUCUGGAGUUGAGGGAAGGAAGAGUGAGGGUUGUCUAAGGAAAAGCUGGAAGGAGGGGAUAAAGGUUUUGAGUGCUAGGGAUUUGGACAUCCAGCAGGCUCAUGCAAGUGUGUUAGAUAUGAGUGGAGGGAAGUGGUUUUAAUGAUUUGACAUGCUGUUGGAGUGUAAGCAGAUGUAACAUUUACGAAGAGAUUCACCCCUCGAGGGAGGUUCCUUGACGCUGAAGAGGGGGGACUCUUGAUCUAGUGAAUUGGGUCUGUGCUCCGGUUCCCUGAAUUGAACCUGAAUACCUUCCAUUCCCCCCGUCCCCCACAUGAGCUGUAUAAUCCUAUGGGUUUAGCACUCCAUGAUUAUAAUAAUAUGAAGAGAUUCAGGUAAAAAACGGUUAGCCAAACUUGUGUUCUGGAGGACAGAGGUAAUUACAUUAACCUCUGACAGUGCCUGCACUGUGAAAGAGUGGUGGGAAUGUUGCAGUUUAGGUCAUCUGGACUAUAAUGUCAGAAUGCUUCUGGCAAGAAAAUGAUUGAACAAAUGAGACUGAAAGCUUUUCCUCUAUUUUGGGUCACUCUACUUUGGUGGAAGAUGGCUAGUGUUAAAAAAUUUAAAAUGUCAAUUGAACCAGUUCCUAGAAAAAAAAAAAAAAAUUCAAUAAUCAGUACUGCAGUUAAUCCCAAAAGUUAGGUCUGUGAUUUACCACCACAGUGCACUUACAAGCAUCCCAAUCUCGAAACCAUACCUCUUACUGUUAAGGCUUUACCACCUACACUUUCAUCUAACAUGGACGCUGCUCGUGGCACAGAACCAUACUAUACACAAAUUCCUUAUUACUAUGCUAAUCUUUCAAUAUAUCACUGCAAACUGGCAUAGUGCCAGACAAGUGGAAAAUGGCAAAUAUAAUACCCAUUUACAAGGCAGGUGACAGGUCCUUAGCUUCGAACUAUAGACCAAUAAGCCUUACUUUCAUAGUUGGUAAAUUUAUGGAAUCAAUAAUUGCCGAAGCAGUUUGUAGCCAUCUUGAAAGGCAUAUAUCGAUUAAUGAAUCUCAGCACGGUUUUACAGAGGGGCGUUCCUGUCUUAUGAAUUUAUUAACUUUCUUCACUAAGGUAUUUGAGGAGGUAGAUCAUGGUAUUGAAUAUGAUAUUGUGUAUGUGGACUUCAGUAAGGCUUUCGAUAGAGUUCCACAUCAGAGGCUGUUGAGAAAACUUAAGACACACGGAAUAGGAGGAGAAUUUUUUUUCUGGGUAGAGGCAUGGUUGACAAAUAGGCAGCAGAGAGUUUGCGUAAAUGGGGAGAAAUCAGAAUGGGGGCACGUCACAAGCGGCGUUCCACAGGGGUCAGUGUUGGGCCCCUUGUUGUUCAUAAUCUACAUAAACGACAUAGAUGAGGGAAUAAUUAGUGACAUAAGCAAAUUUUCUGAUGACACCAAAAUAGGCCGUCCAAUUCUUUCUAAUGAGGACAUUAGAGCACUCCAGGAUGAUUUGAAUAGACUGAUGCAGUGGUCAGAUUAGUGGCAGAUGCAGUUUAAUGUAGACAAAUGCUAAGUUCUAAAUGUUGGACAGGAAAAUAACCAUGCCACAUAUAAACUAAAUAAUGUAGAUCUUAAUAAUAUGGAUUGCAAAAAGGAUUUAGAAGUUCUGGUUAGUAGUAAUCUGAAACCAAGACAACAGUGCAUAAAUGUUCGCAAUAAAGCUAACAGAAUCCUUGGCUUCAUAGGAAGAAGUAUAAAUAAUAGAAGUCCUUAGGUUGUUCUUCAACUCUAUAUAUCCUUGGUUAGGCCCCAUUUAGAUUAUGCUGCACAGUUUUGGUCACCGUAUUACAGAAUGGAUAUAAAUGCACUGGAAAAUGUACAAAGGAGGAUGACAAAGUUGAUCCCAUGUAUCAGAAAUCUUCCCUGUGAGGAUAGACUGAGGGCCCUGAAUCUGCAUUCUCUAGAAAGGUGUAGAAUUAGGGAGGAGAUGAUUGAAGUGUAUAAAUGGAAAGCAGGAAUUAAUAAAGGGGAUGUAAAUAGUGUGCUAAAAAUAUCUAACGUAGACAGGAUUCACAGCAAUGGUUUUAAAUUGGAAAAAUUCAGAUUCAGGAAGGAUAUAGGAAAGCACUGGUUUGGUAAUAGUUGUGGAUGAGCGGAACAAACUCCCGAGUACCAUCAUAGAAGCUAAGACGUGUAGCUUUAAAAAUAGGUUGGAUAAAUACAUGAGUGGGUGUGGGUUGGACCGAACUAGCUUGUGCUACUAGGUCGGAUGCUGUGCUCCUCCCUGAAGUGAUGUGUCUGACCUCGCUAGGUCAGUGAGGUUAGACGGUCAGUGAGCUUAAGCCGGUGUUAGAAUUGGACCUGCCUUGCAUAGGCCAGUAGGCCUGUUCCAGUGUUCCUUCUUAUGUUCUUAUGCCUUUACUUCCUGCCACUGUAUUAUUAGUGUCAGUUUCACUGUGGAACAGUGCAAGAUAUAGGGGAAACUAGUUCCAAAUAUUGGUUUCCCUGUUUGUAUUUGUUUACAAGAACAUAAAUUGUGUAAUGCAGUCAGAUUUCUUGUUUCUGGUUAUGUUCUUUUACAGUCAGACUUCUUUACUGAUGUAUCAUCAAAUCACAGUUGUACACAUUGAUUUCCUGCAGUUCCAAGUACAGUAUGUAUUAUCAACAAAUAUAGUAGAAAGAAUAUUUUUAUAGACAUUUUGUUCUGGAUAGAGCUUUAUCAAGUCAUACAAGGAGUAAUACAUUACAUUACAUAAAGAUAAGGUGAAUGAUGGAACUAAGAAAGUUAUGGUUAGGCAUCAUCUGUGGCAGUGAUGUGUGUGAGUAUUGGCAUCACGUGUACUUGCGGCUUCCUGUGUGAGACAAGCUUGGCAAUACUAAAUGCUCUUUGAUCCUUCUCUAAGAGGGUAGGAGGCCUUGUCAUUUUCUUCUUGAUGUUCUGUAUGUGACCAGUGUAAGAGGUGUGCAUGUUUGUCUGUUAUGUGUAAUAUGGAUAUUACAGUUGCAAGUUUUACAUGUUUGCCUAUGCAACCAACAAGCAAAAUCCUUGACCAUAAUUAUGUAUGCAAAACUGUCAGAACAGUGCCUGUUAUACAGACACCAAAAUGCACACCUCCUGGACUGGCCAUGCACAGAACUCCAACACUUUUGUAGUCAAGGAAAAUUUAACAUUAUCAACCCACUUAACAAACUUAUCUUAGAAAACUAAAAAGGCAGAGGUGAUGCUAACAUCCACACAUCACUGUCACAAAUGACACCUGACCCUCCUACUUUACUUCACCAUUUGCUUACCUCUCACAUUAUUCUCUGUAUGAUUUGAUAAAGCUUUAUCCAAAGGCUUUACCAUGUGUAAAGGACAAAAUAUAAAUUCAUUUACAGUAAAUGUUCUAUAGCUUUUUCCAUUUUCUUUCUACAAAUAUUUUAUAAUACAAACAACCUCUAUCUACUAACUGUUCACCAGGCACCUACAACAAAAAGGAAAGAAAACAGAGAUUGUGAAAGUUGUUUACUUUGUACUUUAGACAAUAUUUAAAAAAACAUUUUAGUUUUAAAAUCAUGAUUCCCACAAACACUUAAGAGAGUUUUGCAACUCCACAUUCUAUAGAAUAUAUGAAAUAAAAAAUUCUGGUUCUCUGAGCAUCUGGGGCACUAAAAACUUUUUUGAAAUAAAAGGUGAAAAUAUGACCACUAAUCUUACCAAAA